AAAUUCAUCCAUUUGUCCGCUGGCAGUCUGGACGUUUGGUCAGACAGCGAGCGUCAGAAAGGUCGUUGGCAUCGGAAUUCGCGAUCGCGCUCUUCGUUUUCGGUCGUUGAUGUUCAGUUUUUUGAGUUAUUUUCGGAACCGUGCUGCAAAUGGCGAAUAAAACGCUUACGGAGAUUCUGCUGAUCGAUUAUCGGUGGAUUAUCGUGAUACUGUUUCUACUACCGGCCUCAUUCCUGUACAAUCUCUUCUACAGCAUCCGUAGUAGAAUCAUAUUCAAGCUGCAUUCUGCUCCCAAAAGUCACGAUGCAAAAGUAGCAGCCAUCCAGCGACAGGUCCGAAAAUGGAAAGAUUCUGGUUCAACAUCCAAAAUGUGUACAGCCCGCCCGGGAUGGCAGACGAUGAGCUUCAGAAAACCAAUGUAUAAGAAAUCAUCUUACCAGAUAAACUGCAACUUGGUAGAUGUUCUGGAGGUUGACACUGAUAAACGUGUAGUACGCGUUGAACCUCUCGUCACCAUGGGUCAACUGUCGGAAACCUUGGCAGCCAUAGGCUGGACAAUAGCCGUCGUUCCCGAACUGGAUGAUCUAACUGUGGGCGGUUUGGUUAUGGGCACAGGAGUAGAGUCUAGUUCCCAUAUUUUCGGGCUGUUUCAGCACAUUUGUGUUUCGUAUGAACUGGUUCUGGCCGAUGGAAGUGUUAUAAAGUGUUCCGAAACCGAAAACAGUGACUUGUUUUACUCGGUUCCGUGGUCCUACGGCACACUUGGUUUACUGACAGCGGCGGAGAUCAAAAUUAUUCCUGCCACAACAUACAUACGAUUGCACUAUGAACCAGUUAUUGGACUCCACGCUAUUGUGGACAAGUUUGAAGGUGCUUCACGGGACACGAAAAACAAUCAUUUUGUGGAAGGACUUUUGUACUCCCUGAACGAGGGAGUUAUCAUGACAGGUGAAAUGGUCGAUGACAGUGAGAUCGAAUCGGACAAGGUCAACGAUAUUGGAAAAUGGUACAAACCCUGGUUCUUCACGCACGUCGGCAACAUUCUGAAACGCGGGCAGAUAACCUAUGAAUACGUACCUCUUCGGGACUAUUACCAUCGUCAUUCAAGAGCGCUGUUCUGGGAGAUUCAAGAUAUCGUGCCAUUCGGAAAUAAUAUCAUUUUCCGCUAUCUCUUCGGAUGGCUGCUCCCGGUCAAGGUGUCGCUACUGAAACUGACUCAGACUGAAACGGUGAAAAAGCUCUACGAAAACAAUCAUAUCAUCCAGGACCUGCUGGUUCCCACUAGUACCAUGAAAAAGUGCUGCGAGGAAUUUGAUCGACUGGUAAACGUCUAUCCGGUGUGGCUGUGUCCAUUCCUGUUGCCAAAUAACCCCGGAAUGCUUCAGCCGGCCAAGGGAAUGGCCAACGACUUGUACGUCGAUAUUGGAGUUUAUGGUGUACCGAAAAACCGGCGAUUCGAUCCUGUGGAGACGACAAGAGCUAUCGAAGAUUUGGUUGAGAAGUGUAAAGGAUUUCAGAUGCUGUAUGCCGACACAUAUAGAAGCCGGGACGAGUUUCGUCGAAUGUUCGAUCACGGUUUGUAUGAUAAGAUGCGUCAAAAGUACGGAUGCGAGAAUGCAUUCCCUGAAGUUUAUGGUAAAGUCAACAAGAAUGUUCGGGAUUGAAUUAAAGUCAUUUGGAUAUAUUUUAUUAUUAAUAUAUUUUUCUGAUCGUGUUGAAACUAACUUGUAUUGAUGUUUAAUACUAGAAGCUAUUUUUUCUUGAAAAUAUGGCGAUCAGUUUCUUGUCUUGAAAUGAAUUAACGAUCGCCUGAAAGCAAUUGGAUAUUUUUCCCAAAGCAUAAUAGGAAGUUGCUUUCAAUUUUACGAUGCGAUCUUUGCGAACUAAUUUGGAGCCUUUUCACCUGAAAUACAACAAGUCUUUUUCUUCUGAUGUAACUUCAAAAUAAUUGCCACUUAAAAUGUUUUA